AUGGACAUCGAGAGCAAUGUAGCCUUGUUCUGCCCCCCCUCGCAAGCCUGUAUAGACGAUGACUGUGUCAAAACAACGUCAGCAAGCUGCGAGACCGCUCGUAACUACCGCUUUGCUCCUGCCGAGCCCUCUGCAUUGGAACGAAAAGGAAACCAUCAAUACAGAACAUUGUCAGCUUCACUGGACUCGCGGCCGUCAUAA